UGGAACCCUCACUCGCACCCCAGUACUCGGUGGUGAGCCCGAGGGUGAGAUUCCUUCCCGAACGAAGGACGAGCGGGAGCUGCGGCACAGAGGGAGAGAGACUUUGCGUUUCAUCUCUACCGAAUUUUUCGUGAACGCAAACUGUGAGCCGAGCGGGCGCAGGUCGUGAGACAUGAGGUCUUCGUUGCUAUGGUUGUCUCUUCUGUUGGUCGUCCUGGCCGCUAGGAGCUUCGCCAAUCCUUACUUCGACGAUGCUGAAGAUGCAGAUGAUCUUCAAGGUGGCGAUACCUCGGAUUAUACGGACAACGCUUUGGAAAAUCUGAUACGAGUUGCACAAAAACGUGCCUCGUCGAUAAACUUGUUUAGGCGGGCUUGCAUAAGGCGUGGCGGCGAUUGUUAUCACCGACGGAAGGACUGCUGCAACAGCUCUAGCUGCCGCUGCAAUCUCUGGGGUUCUAAUUGCCAAUGUCAACGGAUGGGUCUCUUUCAAAAGUGGGGCUAAACGAUAUCCUCCCUCUCCUCUUGCCCUAAAUCUUCCUAUACUUAUGCGUCUUAUUUCCUAUACGUUUUUUUCUUCUUUUUCUUUUUACUAUCCUCCCUCUUCUCCCUUCCCCUCUCUCUCCCCUUCCCCUUCUCUCGCAAUCAUCUCACUUCUUUGAAAGACUGUACUGACUUCCAACGACGGACUAUAUCCCUGACUGUAUUCCCCCCUCGAGCACAUUCGGACGUUCUUCGUUCCUCCCGUAAAAUUUAACCUACUCGAUGUAUCUGGUCCCGUGGGGACGACCCUAAUAUUUCUUCAAGUCUUGCGAUUUAUCUUUUUGAUUAAAACAAAGGCCUCAAUGAUACGCGUUGACAUCUUUUUUUUUUUCGUGUGUUUCUUAGAUCUUUUUAAUAGAGAGCGAGAGACAGAAAGAGAAAUAGAGAAAGAAAUGAGUGAUUUUUUUGACAUCAUGCUUGUGAUAUCAUGAUUGGCAAUAGCUUGCAAAAUGUUAUACGCUCUCGGAAACUGUUUACAUUCUUCUACGAUAUCCAUAAGUCCAGUCUCUCAAUACAACUUUUUAUGACUACCUCUUUCGCGAUAUUCAAUGCUCGGGAUCAACUGCGUUGACUAAUCGAUGUGCUUUAACGAUCCCCUGUUUCUUUCUAGAUCGUAACUCUGAUUAUAAUGUAGGUAAUGCAAAAAGAAAAAAAUAAUUAAUUUGCAAUGGUCAACUUUAGUGCAAUCGAUUCUUAUCGAGAUUCUUAUCAAAAAUCACAUCUACGUACGUGCGCAUAUGUGCACAUCACAAAAUUUUUGCAAGCGUUAUUAAACUAAAACAGAGUGGCGUUUUUUAUCCAGUAUGUUUAUUUUUAUCUGAAAAAUAUAUUUUAUUUUUUUAUUUUUCUUCGAUACCCUUCGAUACCCUAAACCCCUCCUUGGAUUUUCUGCCGUUUCAACUUCAUCAAUGAAGGUUGUCGUCGAGUUGGAGUCAGAAAUGGCGAAUACACUACGGCGAAUGCACCCUGCAGACAUUCAGAGGACCUUGACUCACAUUAAUUGAUUGUUCAUCGGAACUUCUGGAUAAAGCGUGCAAGGAAUAAAGAUAUAUUGUAACUAUUAUUUCAAGUCCUGCUUAGCAAAAUAAAUUUUAAACAGUGUUCAAUAAAAUUGCUAAGUAACUGCAAAGUACAAUAAGUUUUCUUUCUUAAACACGAAUUUCUUUAUUUUCAAUAUUCUACAAUAAAUUCGGACUUCUACUUAAAAUAUGUAUAUGUAUAAAUGCAGUAAAAUGGAAAAUUACAUUCAUUUCACGGCAAUCUUUCUUGAAAAUUUUCCAUUCACUUUUUAAAUCAAAGUAUUAUAUGUCAAAAAUUGUAUGUGGAAGUCAAUACGUUAUAUUUUAUAUAUUAAUGAAUGUUUCAAAUAUAAUUAGUUACUCCUUUCAGCGACUCUAUCGGACCUUCGAAAAUUAAAUUACAGAAGAUUUAUAGUUUUAUUUUCGUUAACAAUAAAAAAACAUGGAAAAUCUCGAUGAUAUAUCUAUUACACGGAAUGUGACUCUUUCGAAUCAAACUGGCAAUGAGUUAGAAUCAAUUCUCGUGUUUUCGGGAUUUCACAGUCCUCCUGGACAGAUAAAAAAUUGGAAAACAUUAGCGAAAAGAUGCCCGAUAAAUUGUGGGAAUUACUACCUUCUGAUUGGAGAUAUCUCUCCGGCCACUUUCGCCAAUCAGAUCGUCGGUAUUUCUUAACUUAUUACAAAGUUAUUCUGUCGAGGAUGAUUGCGAAUAAUCGAUAGGCUAAUUAAAAUUGGUGUAACGACAGAUUUUUUGCAACCAAAUACGGAUACGGAUCGAGAGAAAUGGAAUUAUUGUAUAGCCAUGAGCAGAGAUUGAUAAUUAAUAUGUAUCUAAAACGGCGGCGAUUUAUCUAAAAGCGUACCUUGAUGGUACGUACCUAUAGAUAUGAAUGAUGUGCAAUUCACAUUUUUCUCAUACCGCAUCUUAAACUUUAAACGUAUUACCUAAUACAUGUAUGAUUAUAAAGGAAAUACUAUAAUAAUAUAUGUUUAUGCAUUGUAUUUCAAGGUGGAUGUACACGUAUCGAUAUAUCAUGGAAAUAUAUAUAUAUUAAAUAUGUA